AUGGAAUCUGCAAGAUCAGCUUCCCAUCUUCCAAUUCUGAUCUCCGCCGGAACAAAACAUAACACUAACAUGUUGGGUCUCGGUGACAUCGUAUUACCAGGACUUAUACUAAAUUUCUUCAUCAGAUAUGAUUAUGUUGCAAAAACUUCUUCUUUCAAAAUUGGAAUUAUUGGAUACCUUGUUGGAGUCAUUCUUGCAAGCGUGGCCGUUAAUAUAACUAAGUUUGGCCAGCCAGCGUUGCUCUAUAUCAUUCCAAGUGUUUUGAUAUUCUCCAUUUUAACUUUGAAAGUACAAAAUAAGCUCACUGACUGUUGGUCAAAUGGAACUACUUGUUUUGAUACUGCAAGUGUUGAUGGAACUAUUGAACAUCAAAGUUCUGAUGAAAUUACUCUUGAAGUUGUUGAAGAAGAGGAGAAAAAGGAAUAA